AUGCAUGAUCGUAACGAGAAGGUUACCUUUGAACAAUUCAUAAGCGGCUGGACCGAAUUGUCACAUAAUCGAUACAAUGAUGAAUCCCUCUUCUUCAACAUCUUGAAGAAGCCUAAUUGCUCUUGGAUAUUACCAGAAGAUUUCCUACCAGUACUUGAAGAUAUUGUUUUGCAUCAUCCAGGAUUACGUUUUUUAGCCGACAAUCCCAUGUUUCAAGAACGUUAUAUUGAAACUGUGAUUUGCCGUCUUUUUUACGACGCUCAUUGUCCCAGUGGCAAAAUGAGCAUGCCCCAGUUUAGAAAAAGUGGAUUUACACGCAUGAUCCAAAUGCUCGGGCCCCACGUGGAUUUAAACACGACCCGCAACUGCUUUUCCUAUAAGCACUUUUACGUCAUCUACUGCAAGUUUUGGGCUCUGGACAGCGAUCAUGACCUCAUUAUCACCGAAUCCGACUUGGCAAAAUACAAUCAAGCUGCCCUAGGCACGCGUAUCGUACAAUGCGUUAUGCAAAAUGGGCGCAUCUCUGCAUUUGCUCGUGACACCUCUGAUGAUGAUGGUGGUACCACUACUUCUUCUAUAGCACAAGAUUCGGCAGCUUCCUUGAGCUAUUUGGAUUAUAUUUGGUUCCUUCUUUCCGAAGUAGACAAAAGCACGCCUAUGGCUAUCGAGUAUUGGUUUCGAUGCUUGGACACUGAUGGUGAUGGUGUCUUGUCAGGCUAUGAGCUGGCUCAAUUUUGGCAAGAACAAGAAACAAGGAACGAUUUAAUCCGACCCACUAUUCCCGGUCAAUUUCAACUCAGAGAUCUGAAACGCAAUGGUUAUCUUGCAGAGCGCUUUUUCGAUACCUUUAUCAACUUUGACCGCUUCCAAGUACAUGAAUCAUACCAAGGAUCGAUUCGUGCAAAGCGUGAUCAAGAAAUGGAGCGAUUGCGACAGCAAUCUGAUGACCUACUUGAAGAUGACCUAUCCUUGUUGGAUGAUAACCUUGGUUACUUUAUGAUAAGUGAUUGGUGUGCAUACGCCGAGCUUGAAUACCAGCAACUUUUGCUCAAUGAGCGUCAAGAGGCCACGUGGGAUGAGGAUGAGGAUGAUGAGCCAUACGAAGAGGAAGAUGAGCUUGAGCAGCAAGUUGCAGCAGAUGACUAUUAUGACGACGAACACAAUGAGCAUGAAGGAUACAGGGGUAUAGCAGCAUUACCAUCGGAAGAUGACCCGAAAGCAGAGGAGCAAGAUGAUGAUGAUGAUGGUGAUACGACUACAGACGACGACGAGUCAUCCGAGAACACCGACGUAGCAGAUGAUGAUGGCACAAUCGAAGAUAGUAGCACCAGCAGCAGCAGCACAAGUGAUCAUGAAAGUGACACAAGCGCACCGACAACACCGACUAAAGAGCCUGUGCUUCCAAAUUCUAUUAGCCAAACAAAGAAAGCACAACAACAACAUCAUCACCAUGAAGCCUCUUGGUUAUGGCAAGCACAUGAAGAAGAUGCCGAAGAGAAUGAAGAGGAACGUGAAGAUAGAGCAGCUGAGUGGAUUUGGUGGUUGUCAAGGCAACGGCUUUCAGAGACAACAACCUGA